AUGACUCCGGACAAAAGUGAAACAGUGGAUGUGAAGAAAUCAUUUUUUGCCAGAAAAUGGAAACGAUAUACAGUUUACGCGCUUAUGGGCUUCGCAGCUUGGCAUUAUGUCUACUAUACAAUUGAGUUCAAUGAAAAAGUUAGAAAACCUGAAGAACGACGAGACAUGAUGUAUAUUCACUGGAUAAAAAAGCAAUUCCCGGCAUUGAGACAGUAUGGCAUUCCAUAUAAGGAUGAUACGAAGAGUAGUGAAUAA